AUGGGAGCAAAUAUGGUGGCAGAGGCAAGGAGUUGUGAAUCAAAAAGUUUAUCCUAUAAAGGACUAUGUGUGUUCGACCGCAAUUGUGCUCUUGUUUGUAGAACUGAGGGUUUCGUUGGAGGACACUGCAAAGGCUUCGCUUUCGGUAGUACUUGCAUUUGCUACAAGCCUUGUUAAAAUUUUAAUUAGAGAAUCCAUAUAUGGAAUUA